GGAAAAGUAUUUAAACAAAAGGGACAUGUCAGAGUAUGCAAUUUUUGUUAUGCAGAACAUCAACUAAAUGAAAAUUCAACAUCUGCUUUAGCAAUACCAAAAAUGGCUACGCCUACUAUGAAAUCUGAAUAUAUUAUGGCCAGUUCACCUUUAUCAAAACAUACUGAAGUCAAUGAUGAUGAUCCGUCAAUAAAUAAUUCAUAUUCUUCUCCAAUUAUACCCUCACAACAAAAGCCUCCACUCGUUGCUCCCAAGAUGCAAAUUCCUACAACAGCUCUUAAACAAGCUCGUGGCCAUUAUGGAAAUGUGGAUACUACUACAUUUGCAUUUGAGAUACCUUCGCCUAAUGAUACAGAAAGACCUCUUGAUGCUACUGAUUACUCACCAACUAUCCCCACUAUUACUACAACAGGAGCAUCUAAUAAUGACCUGCCUUUGAACGGUAAUAGUGGUUUAAAACGAUUAUUGGAUGCUGGCACAUCUUUGUUAAUCAAAUCAUCACGACCACGUUCCAAUACCUCUUCAUCAGCACCUCUUUUUGACGAUAGAUCACAUCUAUCUUCUUCUUCUAUUUUAGACUGUGGUGGUGGCACUGUAGUAGCAGAAUCAGAGCUAAGUCCAUUUUCAUCUAAUAGCACAAAUAGCCAUGCAGCAGCAAAUAGCUAUUCAGCAGAGUUUUACCAAGACCAAUUACGUCACCAUCCUUCUACAUCACCUAAAUUGCCACAGUAUGGAAGUGAUGAUGAAUUAUAUGAUCGACGUACAAAGCGUCCAGAGGAAUUACGAGGUCAUGAGGGUUCAAAAAGGAAAGUCAAGAUACAAAUUAAUACUAUUGGGCUUCCCAAAUCAUUUCAACCAGACUACGACUGGUCACCAAAUCCUUUUCUUUCACCUUUUCUUAUUGAUGACAAUAAUAAGUUUUCACCCUCUUAUGGUAAUAAUACAGAGAAUCGAUCCUUUCGUUUCCCACCAUUAUCGCGACAACGACGUCAGUCAGGUCCACAGCCAAUGGUUGAACUUAGUUUUAGUGCCCGUACUCAUGCUCGUAAUAUUCUCCGUCAAUUAAUGAGGGAUAUACCCAUUUUAGCACUUGAAUCUCAUUCGGAAUGGGAAGAUGUCAUUAUGGAGUUGCUUCUCAAGACAACUAAUAAUGUAAGACCUGAUAUUAGGGCAGGUGACGACAUGGAUGUUCGACAUUAUGUCAAGAUUAAAAAAAUACCAGGCGGUUUACCAAACGACAGUUUUUAUGUGAGGGGGGUUAUGUGCACUAAGAACAUUGCUCACAAAAGAAUGGCAAUCCAUCUCAGGAAUCCAAAGAUUUUAAUUUUGAUGUUUAGUCUUGACUAUUCUCGCGUUGAAAUGGAAAAUCAGCUGUUAUCAAUCGAACCUGUGAUCUCGCAAGAACGUGAGCAUAUUCGCAAACUAGUAGCUCGUAUUGUUGCAUUGCGACCAUCAUUAAUUGUUGUCAAAUCAACUGUCUCAAGACUGGCUCUUGAGUUUUUGUUGGAAGCACAAAUACCAGUUAUUCAUAAUGUGAAACAGAGUGUCAUUGAAGCUGUAGCACGAUGUACGCAGGCAAGCAUUGUGACAUCAGUGGAUAAACUACAACAAGCCACAAUGGGACGUUGUGGAUCGUUUGAAAUCAAGACUAUAAUGCACGAAUGGAUAGUAAAUCGUCGCAAGACUUACUUAGUAUUUGAUGAUUGUGCACCAGAAUUAGGAGGCACUAUUGUAUUACGUGGAGCUCGUGUUGAAGUGCUACGAGUUAUCAAACGACUUUUAGAUUUUAUGGUGUUUGUUGUUAACAAUCUCAAGUUGGAGACUUCCUUGUUGCUAGAUUCAUUUGCAAAGAGUCAAAAUGAGCCACUGUCACGGUCGUCGUUAUCUUCUAAUGAUAAGGAUAGCUCUAAUUAUAUUGAUAAUUUACUUCAAUUAUAUGGAACAAGAAUUUUGUCUGUAUCACAAUUUGUCGUCUAUCCACCACCUUAUCUAUUAGUAAAGCUGAAGGAGACAGAGGAUCAGUUGGCGAUGAUACGAAAACAAAGGCAGUCCAAGAUGAUUGAAGUAUCACCAACGCGAUCCGUUUUCGAAAAGCAACAACAUCAAAUAGAUUUAGAGAUGACGAUGGAUGCUGAGCAUGAAUUAAUCCUUAAGAAUCACCGAAUUGCAAGAGCCUGGGAGGUAUACAUGGGUGAAAAUCCCGAAUCAGUUUCACCUUUCUAUCAUCAAAAUAUUGUGGUACUUUAUUCAAGUGUUUGUACCGUAACUACCGUACCUUGUCAAGGUCCUGAAAUCCGUAUCUUUAGUUAUUAUCGAUUUCCUUCUGACAAAACAUUAGGGCAAUAUUUAAUUGAUUUAUUUAAUGAUGCUCGGCAGACAUGUUCAUCCUUUAUGUGUGAUCAUUCCAUGAUGCAGCAUUAUCGAUCUUAUGCACAUGGAACGGCGCGUGUAAUUGUAAUGAUUGAGCCCUUUGCUUGUCCAUUACCCGGUAUGUCUGAUAAGCUUCUAAUGUGGAGCUAUUGUAAGCUAUGUAAUAAAUAUACACCUGUAAUGCCUAUGUCUGAAAAUACAUGGAAUUAUUCAUUUGGUAAGUUUCUUGAGAUCUUUUUGUAUCAAAGGGGUGUAAGAUGUCGUGCAGAUAUUUGUCCACAUGAUAUUGCACAGACACAUGUUCGAUUCUUUGGUUAUAAUGAUUUGGCUAUUCAUUUCCAAUAUGACUCUAUUGACUUAUUGGAAGUGUCACCACCGCCUAUGAAGCUUUUUAUUCACCACCAAGCACAGAUGGAUCUUAAGGAGACCGAACUCAAAUCACUUCGAUCUAAAAUCAACAAGUUUUAUCAGUCAAUUAUGGACCGUAACAAGAAUUUCCCAUUUGAUUUAGUGGACCCUCGACGACUAGAGUCAUGUAAAAUUGAGUUACAGGAAAUGUCUAUGGAGGCAGAAGGUGAGCGUAAAGAAGUUUUACAAUCAUUGCAAAAUAUCUAUGCGACAUCCGAUCCAUUGGAUACGCUGACAAUUCAAAUUAUACAACGCGACUUAUUUCAGUUUGUCACGCAUUGGGAGAGUGUCUAUACAGACUUUGUACAAUAUUACUUGAAACCUGAACGGGAACUCAAGAAGCUCACUACGAUUCAAUUGAAAAAGAUGUUUCCUGGAGAUGAGGCUAUGGUACAGCCAAUGAUUAUGGCUUCUGACAUUAUUGACUUACCAUUGUUGGGACAAGAUCUAGUAGAAGAUAAUAAUGAUAAUGAAGAUAAAUCGACAGAGUUUUCGAUGAUGCCUACCCUAUCAUCAUCUCCCUCUCUGAAAGAUAAGGAACAGCCUUCUUGUUUACAAUUCGAGAUACGUCAUCGACUUUCGUUAGAACUCAUGCGCGAAUUAAAUAGCAAAACUACACAGAAAAGUCCUCGUCUAUCGGCCUCCUUUUCACCACGUCGAUUCUGUAAAGGUGAUUUACCAUUGCUAUUAUCAAAUGAAAAACCUAAACAAACUAAGCAUCAAAGACAUUACUCACUUGGUCAACAAGACUGGAAAUCUGAUAAACAGUUGAUAUCUAGUCGUGAUCGUUUACCACGUAAAAACACAUAUAUUCAGGUGUAUACACAAGCAAACGACCUUGUGCAAGAAGAAGAGAUGGAUGAAUUUAUGGACGAUGAUGUGUUUUCACGACGUCGUCAUAUUGAGCUCUCUAAAUUUCAUUCAGAUAAUGAUUUAUCGCCUGCUGAGGAGAACAUAGACUACUUUUCAAACUUGGCACCUUAUUCGCUUGAAGUCAUGAAGCCGUAUACUAAGCAAGUAUCAUCACCACAAGAGAUAAGACCCUUUAGCGAUGGUUUGGAUUUGUCAUCCGGGGUAUCAGGGGAUGAGAUAGAUGAAGAUUUACCAAGGGCAUCUGAAUUGUUAAAAACACAACCCUUAGCCAACAUUCAUCCUGAUCUGCUGAUCGAUAGUGUAACAUCAAAAGGAUCAAAAACUGUUCAUUUGGAUGACACACGACAUUCUUCUAUCGAGAAAAUAUCCUUUAUGAAAACAUUGACUAACUUUUUGACAGAUAGUGGGGUUGGAAACUUAUUACCACUGGAACUACCAUUGCAAUCUACAGAAUAUCUUUUUCCUGAUUCGUAUGUAGUAGUACGAGAAGAUGAGCCAAGUACAAUUAUUGCUUACACAUUAAGUUCCGAAGAUUAUAUUGAUAAAAUGUGUGAUAUUCACAAUACAGCUGAAUCGUCUAUUAAGGCGGCAUCCUCUUCAGAACUUAAGCUUGACAACAUGGAUGACAUACAAGAGACCUUAUUGCGUGAAUCAGGCACUCAUAUGCGCUAUAACUUUUCUACCGGAUCUACUAAAUUCUUUUGUAAAAUAUUUUUUUCAGAGCAAUUUGAUGCACUUCGACGAAAUUGUGGAUGUCAUGAGAGCUACAUUAUGUCGUUGGCUAAUUGUGUUAAAUGGGACUCGUUAGGUGGCAAGUCUGGAUCAGCUUUUUUAAAGACAAAAGAUGACCGACUAUUAAUGAAGCAGAUGAGUAAAUAUGAAUUAGAUGCCUUCUUGAGGUUUGCGCCGGCCUAUUUUCAAUAUAUGUCAGAGGCAUUCUUUAGUGAUUUGCCGACAGUAUUGGCCAAGAUUUUUGGGUUUUAUAGUAUUGGAUAUAAAAAUGGAGCGACAGGUAAAUCAAUGCGAAUGGAUGUAUUGGUAAUGGAGAAUUUGUUUUAUCAAAGAAAGAUAAAGAAGAUAUUUGAUUUGAAAGGGUCCAUGAGGAAUCGGCAUGUUCAAUCUACGGGGAAACAAGAUGAAGUACUUUUGGAUGAAAAUUUAGUAGAAUGUAAGUCAAUAUGUAUAUAUACAUAUUUAUAUAAAUGGAGGGAUUCUUUAUCUUCUUAAUUUUUACUUGUUUUAUUUAAAGUGAUUUAUCAAUCCCCUUUAUUUAUUCGGGCUCAUUCAAAGGAAAUUCUUCGAAGCUCAUUACAUAAUGAUACCCUGUUCCUAUCAACAAGAAAUGUCAUGGAUUAUUCAUUACUCGUCGGUAUAG